AACUUUAGGUGAUCAGACUAUGUUGUGAAGUCCGUUUGUGUUCGCUACACUUUGGAUUGUGGUGACAAGACGCACUUUUCAAUCCUACCGGCGUGGAGUUUUAUGUCCAACAUGAAGAAUAAACCUUGAGAAUAAGCCAUGGAUCUUGCACGGAAAUUCUGGAUGUCGCUUCUUCUGAAACCCGAAGAACUUAACUAUGGAAAUUAUGCAGUAAAACUUAGAGUUUCAUAUCUGUAAGUAAAUUCUAGUACAGGAGAAUCAGGAUGAAAAGAUGGCAGCCCUGCUGUUACCAACGGGUCCUGAUGGCUUGCGGCGGUUCACUCGCGAAUCCUUGGCUGCGCUGGAGCAGCGGAUUGCGGAGGAGCAGUCCAAGAACGUCAAGGCUUGCCCCGAGUCUCACAGGAACGCAGAGCCACCCAAACCCAGGGCCGACCUGGAGGCAGGCAAGCAGCUGCCGCGCAUCUUCGGUGAAAUCCCUACAGAACUUAUCGGGGUGCCACUGGAAGACAUUGAUCCGUUUUACUACAAGAACAAGAGGACUUUUAUAGUACUUAACAAAGGGAAGGCCAUCUUCAGAUUCAGUGCCACAUCUGCAGUGUACAUAUUUAGUCCAUUUCACUUCAUAAGAACACUCGCCAUAAAAGUUUUAGUCCAUUCGUUGUUCAGCUUGUUCAUAAUGUUCACUAUACUGACCAACUGUUUCUUCAUGGCCAUGUCGGAUCCGGCACCAUGGACCAAGCACCUGGAGUAUACUUUCACUGGCAUUUACACUUUCGAGUCGGCGAUUAAGAUAUUGGCGAGAGGAUUUUGUAUAGUGCCGUUCACCUUCUUGAGAGAUCCGUGGAACUGGCUGGACUUCACUGUCAUCGUCAUGGCAUAUGUGACCGAAUUUGUAGAUCUCGGGAACGUCUCAGCGUUAAGAACCUUCAGAGUACUGCGAGCACUGAAAACCAUCUCAGUUAUCCCAGGUCUGAAGACGAUCGUCGGCGCUCUGAUCCAGUCCGUAAGGAAGCUGGCAGACGUGAUGAUCCUGACGGUCUUCUGUCUCAGCGUGUUCGCCCUGAUCGGCCUGCAGCUCUUCAUGGGGCUGCUGCGGCAAAAGUGCAUCCGCAGCCUCUCGCACUGCAUCAACUCCACCUACAGCCCCAACGCAUCAUUCAUCUGCAACAACAGAACCUGGAGCUCCAGGGCAGACUUCCUGGGCAGCGAAGAUAAUUUUUACAAAGUUGAAGGAGCAAAGGAUGCCUUAAUAUGUGGAUAUGGAAGUGAUGCAGGGAAGUGUCCAGAUGGAUUUGACUGCCUAAAAGUUGGGAGGAAUCCAAACUAUGGAUACACCAGUUUUGAUACCUUCGGCUGGGCUUUCCUGGCCCUCUUCCGACUCAUGACACAAGACUACUGGGAAAAACUGUUUCACCAGACGCUGCGUUCAGCAGGAAAGACCUACAUGGUUUUCUUUGUCCUGGUUAUCUUCUUGGGCUCCUUCUACCUCGUCAACCUCAUCCUGGCUGUAGUGGCCAUGGCCUAUGAGGAGCAGAAUCAGGCGACAAUUGCUGAGGCCUGGCAGAAGGAGAGGGAGUUUCAGCUGGCAAUGGAGCAUCUGCGCAAAGAGCAAAGGUUGGCAAGAAAACAACAACAAGCACAGGAUACAGACUCAGUGUUGUCCCCAGAGCUGUCUCCAUUCUGUCUGAAGAUGGGCAACAUACGUCAAAACAGCAGCAGAAGAAGAAGAUCGCACAGGGCGUUGUCGGAAGAAACAGAGGAGGAAGCCGCUGAAGAAAAGUUUGACCCACCGGAUGAGCUAAUGCCUUCUCUGUCUCCUCUUCCGGUCCACCCGCUACUGGCCACGCUCUCCUCUCACCCCCUCAGCACCAGGAGAGGAAGCCAAGCCAGCGUCUUCAGCGCUUUCCGGCCGCGCAACAACUCAGAGGCAGACUUCGGGGACGAUGAAUUCAGCACUCACGGGGACACUUUCAGAAGUCGUGCCAAUUCAACAGCAACACCCUGGAAAAGAAGGACCGGCAGUGUGCGGAGCCACAGCUCCCAAGUCUUCACCCCAAACUAUAACAUCAAUGGCAGGCUCAACAUCUCCUUGGAUCAGAAUGGAAUCACCACUCUGGGCCUACAUUCUCCCAUCUCCAUGCCUGCUUACAGCAUGGAGGGAUUCAGGGAAGACACGCCUGGCAGUAUGGAAGACACAGCUCCAAGAUGUCUCCUCCAGCCUUCCCCAACAGUGACUGAGCCUCCAGUGCAGAGGAAAAGAGGCUUGAGCUCUGUUAGCUUCUUCAGCGAUGCCAUGGGUGAGCUGGAGGUGUCGAGGCAAAAGUGCCAUCCCUGCUGGUACACGUUCGCCAAGAAGUACCUGAUAUGGGACUGCUGCCCCUGGUGGCUGAUGCUGAAGGAGUGGGUGAAGUACAUGGUGAUGGACCCUUUCCUGGAUCUGGGUAUCACCAUUUGCAUUGUGCUGAACACCCUCUUCAUGGCCCUGGAGCACUACCCAAUGACUGACGAGUUCAACACCAUGCUUUCCAUUGGCAAUCUGGUUUUCACAGGGAUCUUUACAGCUGAAAUGGUUCUGAAGCUGAUUGCCAUGGACCCCUACUACUACUUCCAACAAGGCUGGAAUAUUUUUGACGGUGUCAUUGUUUGCCUCAGUCUGAUGGAGUUGGGUCUUUCCAAUGUAGAGGGGCUGUCUGUCCUGCGAUCUUUCAGACUGUUACGAGUCUUCAAGCUGGCGAAAUCCUGGCCCACUCUUAACACUCUCAUCAAGAUCAUCGGCAACUCGGUGGGUGCCUUGGGAAACCUGACGCUGGUGUUGGCCAUCAUCGUUUUCAUAUUCGCCGUGGUUGGCAUGCAACUGUUUGGCAAGAACUACCAGGACUGUGUGUGUAAGAUCUCCAUCGACUGUCAGCUGCCUCGCUGGCACAUGAAAGACUUCUUCCACUCCUUCCUGAUUGUGUUUCGGGUGCUGUGCGGCGAAUGGAUAGAAACCAUGUGGGAUUGUAUGGAAGUGGCCGGGCAGCCCCUCUGUAUCCUGGUCUUCAUGUUGGUCAUGGUCAUAGGCAACCUGGUGGUGUUGAAUCUUUUCCUGGCCCUGCUGCUCAGCUCCUUCAGCUCAGACAACCUCUCUGCUCCAGACGAAGACGGUGAUUUGAACAACAUCCAGAUCGCCAUCGCCCGCAUCCAAUCCGGUUUCUCUUGGCUCACAUCAUGCAUGGUCGACCUCUGCAGACGCAGCUCGAAGCAUCGAGAGCAGAAGGCCAAAGAAGUCUCCAAGCUGGUUGGGAAUCAUGUGGAGAGCAAUGGUGGAAUUUUUGGACGCUAUGGAGAGAAGUACAUCGCGCCGGGGGAGGACAGCUACAUGACAAACCCGAGCUUGACUGUCAUCGUUCCCAUCGCACCCGGAGAGUCUGACAUGGAGUUUCUUGAGGAGGAGGAGAUUUCUGAGUCUUCAGAGGAUGAAAACAGCAAACCAGAGCGAGUCAGCCUAUCGGAGGGCAGUACAGUGGAUCUGAGGAAGCCUGAAGAAGAGAUGGACAACAUAUCAGAGCUGGCUGAAGAGAAUAUGGAGCCGGAGGAGUGCUUCCCAGAAUUCUGCAUUAGGCACUGUCACUGCUGUGAGGUGGACACCAGCCGCGGGCUGGGCCAGGCCUGGUGGAGGCUGAGGAAGACCUGCUACCAGAUUGUGGAACACAGCUGGUUUGAGACCUUCAUCAUCUUCAUGAUCCUGCUUAGCAGUGGGGCUCUUGCAUUUGAAGACAUCUACAUUGAGAAGAGAAAAGUCGUCAAGGUGGUGCUGGAGUACGCCGACAAGGUCUUCUCCUAUAUCUUUGUGCUGGAGAUGUUCCUCAAAUGGAUCGCAUAUGGCUUCAAGAAGUAUUUCACCAACUACUGGUGCUGGCUCGACUUUCUGAUUGUGGAUGUAUCCUUGAUAAGCCUGGUAGCAAAUUCACUGGGAUAUUCCGACUUUGCUGCGAUCAAGUCCCUGAGGACUCUACGCGCUUUGAGACCUCUCAGAGCUUUGUCCAGAUUUGAGGGCAUGAGGGUUGUCGUGAACGCUCUAAUAGGAGCCAUCCCUUCCAUUAUGAACGUGCUGCUCGUUUGUCUCAUCUUCUGGCUCAUCUUCAGCAUCAUGGGGGUCAACCUGUUUGCUGGCAAGUUCGGGAAGUGCGUGAACAGAACUGGUUUCAUUCACAAUGUCUCUUUGGUCAACAACAAGUCAGAGUGCCUCUCUAUGAACGACACCCAGUUCUACUGGACAAAAGUGAAGGUCAACUUUGACAACGUGGGACUUGGCUACCUGUCCCUCCUGCAAGUGGCUACAUUUAAAGGAUGGAUGGAAAUAAUGCAUGCAGCUGUUGAUUCAAGAGGAGUGGAGGAACAACCCAUCAGAGAAAUCAACCUCUACAUGUACCUGUACUUUGUCAUCUUCAUCAUAUUUGGCUCCUUCUUCACCCUCAAUCUCUUCAUUGGUGUCAUUAUUGACAACUUCAAUCAGCAGAAAAGAAAGAUGAGUGGACAGGAUAUCUUCAUGACUGAAGAACAGAAGAAGUACUAUAAUGCUAUGAAGAAAUUAGGAUCUAAAAAACCCCAAAAGCCAAUACCAAGGCCUGGGAACAUUCUCCAAGCUUUCUUCUUUGAUCUUGUGUCCAAGCAAGCCUUCGACAUCAUGAUCAUGAUGCUCAUCAUCAUCAACAUGGUGACCAUGAUGGUGGAGACCGACGAGCAGUCAGAGCGCAUGGAGUCCAUCCUCAACAAGAUCAACCUGGCCUUCAUCGUGAUCUUCACCACAGAAUGCCUGAUCAAGAUCUUUGCCCUCCGCUGUUAUUUCUUCACAGUUGCAUGGAACAUCUUUGACUUUGUGGUGAUAAUUCUCUCCAUUGUGGGGAUUGUUCUUGCAGACAUCAUUGAGAAGUACUUUGUAUCUCCAACCCUGUUUCGAGUCAUCAGACUGGCAAGGAUAGGACGUGUACUUCGACUUAUACGUGCAGCCAAAGGAAUAAGGACUCUACUGUUUGCCUUAAUGAUGUCCAUGCCAGCACUGUUCAACAUUGGCCUCCUGCUCUUCCUUGUCAUGUUCAUCUAUGCUAUCUUCGGUAUGGCGAACUUUGCCUAUGUGAAAAAACAAGAUGGGAUUGAUGACAUGUUUAACUUUGAGACCUUUGGGAAUAGUAUGAUCUGUCUUUUUCAGAUCAGUACCUCGGCAGGCUGGGAUAACCUAUUGAGUCCUAUAAUGGCCAACUCCCCAGAGGAGUGUGACCUUCACUUUGUCAAUACUGGCACUAACACCCGGGGAAACUGUGGCAGCCCCUCAAUGGGCAUCACUUUCUUUGUCAGUUACAUAAUCAUUUCUUUUCUCAUUGUGGUAAAUAUGUACAUAGCUAUCAUUCUGGAGAACUUCAGUGUUGCCACAGAGGAGAGUACAGAGCCACUGAGCGAGGAUGAUUUUGAAAUGUUUUAUGAGGUUUGGGAGAAGUUUGAUUCUGAGGCCACGCAGUUCAUUGAGUUCUCCAUGCUGUCAAUCUUCGCUGACAAUUUGUCGGAGCCGCUGCGCAUAGCCAAGCCCAACAGAAUCAAGCUGAUCUCCAUGGACCUUCCCAUGGUCAGCGGGGAUCGAAUCCACUGCCUGGACAUCCUGUUUGCCUUCACAAAGCGUGUCCUGGGAGAGUCGGGUGAGAUGGACGCGCUAAAGCAGCAAAUGGAAGAGAAGUUCAUGGUCACCAACCCCUCUAAGAUUUCCCACGAGCCCAUCACUUCCACACUGCGCCGCAAACUGGAAGAUGUGUCAGCUAUCAUCAUCCAAAGGUGUUACAGGAGGCAUCUGGUGCGCCGGCAGAUGAAGCAGGCAUCCUACCUCUACAGACAAAUGAACUAUGAGACUGAAGUGGAUGUGGAGAAUGCUCCAGCAACAGAGGGGCUGAUAGCCUCCAUGAUGCAGCACUAUGGAAUCAUUGACAUUGUACAGACAACAGAGGACACUCUACUAUCCUCACCCCCAUCUUAUGACAGUGUGAACCGGGCAGCCAGUGACCUCUCUGAGAUCGUCAGAUCAAUAUCCAGAGACUCUGAACUUGGGGAGCCUGGUGAAAACUAUGAGGAAACUUUCCUUUGAGACUCGAUUGUGUGGAGAGUGUUUGUGUGGUUUUUGUCUGUUUUGUUUACAGCAGAGAAUUUAGCUCAGAUAACUCAUGGUCAAAGAGAAGAAACUUUUUUAUAUAACAUAUUUAUAUAUUCAAUAUUUUUAAGUAACUCAGUCUCUGUUGAAAUUGAAGAACGCAUAAGUAUAUUUUCUAACAGUCAAAAACUCCUCAACAGAAUUAAACUUUUCCUCAAGCCAUAUUCAAUUUUACAUUUGGCAGAUCAUUGAUAACAUAAGAUACAUUCACUCACAACACAUCUGCUACAUAUCAGUAAACACUAAACCUCAUUCCAGGAGAGACACUAAAAAGACCAAGAUGACUAAGACAACAGAAAUGGACACAGACAUACCAAAGCCUGCAAAAAAGUAGAAAAAAAAAGAAGAAAAUCAGUUAUUAAAAGAAAUUAUUUUUAUAGGCUAAAGAACUGAAGUACCAAUCAAACAAAACUAGCCUACAAAUUAAAGUAGCUAAUGCACCAAAGUAGCUAAGGAACUGAAGUAGCUCACAAACUAAAGUAGCUCACAAACUAAAGUAGCUAAGGAACUGAAGUAGCUCACAAACUAAAGUAGCUCACAAACUAAAGUAGCUAAGGAACUAAAGUAGCUAAGGAACUGAAGUAGCUAAGGAACUAAAGUAGCUCACAAACUAAAGUAGCUCACAAACUAAAGUAGCUCACAAACUAAAGUAGCUCACAAACUAAAGUAGCUAAGGAACUGAAGUAGCUCACAAACUAAAGUAGCUCACAAACUAAAGUAGCUCACAAACUAAAGUAGCUAACCAAUUAAAACAGCUAACACGAAACAAUUUCAGCUAAACAAUAGCAACAGUUCUUAUAAAAACAUGCACUUAAGGGGUUGUAAGAACAGAUGUGAGCAGCUGUAAUUACUAAUCAGUGUUUGUGACAAACAAUUUUGCAGGAAAAAUAUAUAUUUGAGUUUUUUAAAACAAGUACUGUAUCCAUACAACUCAUGAACCAACAGCAGAUUGAGAAUUUUGAACAGAACACAAUUCCCUCUAAAUAUUUCUCCUUAGGCCCAUACAAUACGCUGUAUUGCUAAAUAAUGUUGACAUGUGGAUUUCCAUUACGAUUCCAGUCAUUCUAGAGCUCUUAUUCAGGUGUUGCUAAUAUGAUUUUAACCAAAGCUAACAUUUACUCAUUACAUUUUUCAAUGAACAUUUAAAUCAUUUAAAAUUUAAAGUAAAACACAUUUCAAACAUCAACUAUUUGUAAGCAACAUUUAUCAUUUGGAUAUAAAAACUAAUGUUUGGGAUUACUUAAUGUAUUUAAUUAUUAACUAAACCAUUAUAAGCACUUUGGUUGAGUUAAAGUGCUUGAAACUGUAUGGUUAAAUCAGCACCAAGUGUCAUGACAUAAACAAAUUAAGAAAAGGAGAACUUCAGAAAUUGUUAAUUAAAAUAAAUAAAUAAAUGAACUUGAAAGGUUUUUGUGUGAAAAACAAAAUAUGUUUUCAUUUCUCAAGUAAAACAUAAGUUGAACUUGUAUCACUUACAAAGAAGAGCUGUGUGUAAGAAUAAUCCCUGAAUUAUGUGCCUGAUUUUGAUGUUGUCCGCACACUCCACUGAUUCUCUUCAGGCCAUUUAAUUUGAUCUAAUGGAUGUGGAUUGGAAGAGCAUGAAUGGACUGAAAGCUCAUUUUGUAAUUACUUUGAGGCUGUGUAAUGUAUGCAAAGCUGAUUUUUACCUAUUUUUUUGUAACGUAUUUAUAUUCAAAGACGAUUUCAGUGACUCUCAUGAAAGCCAUAACAAAAUAUGAUCAAAUUAUAUAUUAAACUGUGUUCAUUUUUACAUAAAAGACUUUCCUUGAGAACCUGAUUGUCUGUAUUGCAUUUAGGUUGUUCGUUUCAUGGAUUGUUUUAUGAAAUCAUAAUAAAACUCUUUUCCAUA